AUGCGGGCGCUUGUUUUUUUCGCCGCUUGUUUAUCUGUCAUUAUUAUCGACACUUUCGCCGAUAUGCCAUCUUUUAAAUAUACUCAACAGGCAGAUUGUACUUGCAACGCCUGUCAAUUUGCCAUUAAAGAACUUGAUUACUGGCUACGCAUGACUGGUAAAACAGGCCAUUACAGUCUGGAAGCCGCUGUUGCCAAAUCUAUAGAGGCUGUUUGUAACAAGAAAAAUAUCAAGGAUGACAGAAUCAGGAAGAAAAUAAUUCAAUGCCAAAAACUCCUCGAGGAGCAUGCUUUGCUAAUAAAGGAAGCCUUAAUCGAACACUUUGAAAGUGAUGAACCAAGAAGUUACCUCAAACUCAUUCAGGAAGUGUGCCAUGAAAAACUGAGUUUAUGUAGCCCAGGAAAACAAGCCAAAGAUGACUUUGAAAAUUCCAUGAGAUUCAACACAGCCAACAAAAUGGAGGUUUCUUUCAGUGGAACAAUAAAAGCUGUAAACCCAGUGAAAGAAAGUGACUAA